CAUUUGUGUGGCGAUCUGCUCUGACAUGAGAUUUACUUUUUCAGUUUCCUGGAAAUAAACCACGACUUGAGAUGAAGCGUUUGUCGUCAUCACUUGACUAGCCAGCCGCGGAGCGUUCACUUGCGAGAAAGCUCGGACCGGUCGACUCGCUAUACCGCACAGCUACUUCAACAGCCCAGCUCGUCGCCCUGCCCUCAGUUCCGCCCAGCGCAUUAUACCGAGGACCCCCUCACGGGAGUCAGGAGCCGUCAAAUGUCAGAAAGUGUCGGUGGGUUCUCUCGGGACGCAAUUACUUGCUUGACUGUGCUACCCUAAAGUCAGGACGGAGGACGUCCUGUGAUGACAGUUAUGCUGUGUGUAUGUGAAGAGGCGCCCUACCAAGGAUUACCUGAAUCAAGCUAGGAUGGACGUAACAGUGUACUGACUCCAGCAGUAACAGUUAUCACAGGAUGCCGCUACCACCGCUGUUCCUGACGCUGCAGGGUGUUAUGCUGCUGGUGGGGGUAGGAUCAUCCCCCUCGAUACCAAACCCCACCCCUGGGGAAUACAACUGUCCAGGCCGUCCUUGUGACUGUAUCUGGCUGAAGGAGACGGGGGAGGUGUUCCUCGACUGUUCCUGGUCCUCUCUACCCAACAAGGAAUACUUUGCAACCAUCCCUAGGAAGAAGACAGUGUACUUGACGCUUACCUGUGCAAGCCCGGGACGCAGUCCGUUAUGGAACUAUAUGUUCAGUCAGUUGAGCGAGCUCAAACAACUAACCAUCAAAAACUGCGGCUUCACCGACAUCCCUCCUUAUGUGUUCUCUGGGUUAUCCUCCCUUCAAGAGCUACAGAUAGAGGGCGCUGAACUCACCAACAUCCAUCCACGCUUCCUGGACUCCGUGGUCAGUCUCCGAGCUCUACGCAUCAUCAACAGCGACCUGAGUCACAUGCCCUCCAUCUGCCAUCUCGACUACAUUCACAGCCUCAACAUCUCCAACAACGCUAUUUCAAGUCUGGACAACGCUGGGAUCCUGUGUGGGGGUAAUGAACUGGAGUCGCUCGAGAUCCUAGAUGUAAGUGCCAACAUGAUCACAACUAUCCCAGUCAUGCUGGGAUAUUCACUGCCCAACCUGAAGCGCCUCACAGCAUCAGACAACUUCAUCAAAAAGAUAGAGACUGACUCCUUGAACCGUCUCUCUGAUCUCAUCUGGCUUGAUCUGACCAACAACUCUUUGACAGAGAUCGCCUCAGAUUUUGUCAAGAAUUGUAGUGAACUCCUAGUGUUUGGCUUGUCUGACAACCCACUGCGUGGGAUUCCGAAAGGCCUCGUAUCAGGUAUGUCAAAUAUCAUUCAGCUCAACCUGGACUUCGUCAAUGUGAAUGACAGUGUGUGGGAAGAGAUCGCACGCCUACCCGCGUUGGACACUCUCUCUCUCGCUGGGAACAGACUGUCACGUGUUGACCCGGAUGCCUUGGCGGAACUGCCAGUGUUAUCGUACCUGAACGUGUCGCACAACCGAAUAGACAAGUUGUUCAGGAACACAUUCAAGAAGCAACAAAGACUCUUUAUCUUGGACCUAUCUUAUAAUAACCUUACCACUAUUCCUCGCCAGGCAUUUAGGAACCUUUUCAGUCUGAAGACUCUGGACAUAUCACACAACAAGCUUCAGUCGGUUGGGAAGGAGGCGUUCCCGGGUCUGUUAAAUCUGAAACAGCUGGACCUGAGCUACAACCGUCUGGAUGGACUUCCCCGGGGGCUGCUGUCAGAUAUGCAAGCCCUCCUGAAACUGAAUCUCUCCCACAACAGUCUCAGCAAGCUGCCCAACCUGGAGCAUGCAGACUUAUUGGAAUAUCUGGAUCUCAGUUAUAAUGAACUCACCGUUCUCAAUUCUACCACCUUUAGGGCCCUCACGUACCUACGAGGGCUGACCCUCAAAGCUAAUCAGCUCCGCACUCUGCCUCCAUACGUCUUCGAAGACGCGGUGAACUUGGAACUCCUCAAUAUGGCCAAUAAUCAUCUGAGCAACCUGACUGAAGACAUGUUCCGGGGACUGUCGUCUUUGUAUUAUCUUAACCUCAACAAGAACAGACUGUCGGGGACGACGGGAGCGUUCCGGGAACUGCAGGAUCUCCAGCAUCUCCAUCUACGGGGAAACCAGCUGGAGGAGAUCUACAGAGGUCAGUUCCCGGACUCGCUGGAAAUCCUGGAUCUCAGUCAGAACCGUUUGAACUAUAUCUCCCACUCCACGUUCAGGACGAUGCUAUAUCUUAAGGAGGUGAGGCUGACUCUGAACAACCUCACAUCCCUGCCCUCUAUCGCAGUGGAGCUGCCAAGAGACAUGAAACCUGUUGCUAAAAUGUACAUCAGUUCCAAUCCAUUCCAGUGUGACUGUGAACUAGGCUGGUUGAAGGACCUCAAUGAGGGUCAGCUUACAAGCUACGGAGCGUCCCUGCCCGUGUUCCCUGACUAUCGCUUCACAAGGUGUAUGAGCGUAUACGACAGAGCCCCUAGGGUAAUACCAAGAGUCCCUAGGUCCCAUUUCUUGUGUGAAUAUGCUGUCAAGUGUGCCCAAAACUGUCCAUGUUGUGGAUUCGACGCUUGUCACUGUAAGUACGUGUGCCCAAACAAAUGUAAAUGUGUCAUUGGAGACUCGCACUACCCCGUCCACCGCAUGCACUGUGAAGCCCAGAACUUGACCACCAUCCCACCGCAUCUCCCCACUGGAACUACGGAGCUUAUGAUGGACCAUAACAACAUCCAAACUGUGCAACAACACACCUUCUUGGGCCUGACGGAAGUCCUAGUGCUGCAUCUCAACCACAGCAACAUCCAUCACAUCCAGCCCAGGGCAUUCAUCGGCCUCAAGUCACUGCAGACUCUGUACCUUAACGAUAACUAUCUGACAGUCAUUGGCGCGGAUGUAUUCAUGGGCUUGACAAACCUGAGUCAUUUGCAUUUGGAGAACAACAGAUUAUCAUGGAUAGAGAGCGGCUCUCUCAGAUUAUUGUCUAAUUUGCUUUAUCUGAACCUACAGGAAAAUGACUUUGAGAAUAUUAGUAUCAACGAAAUCUCGCCUCUCAUGAAUCAUUCUAGAGUAGCGUUAGCAUUUAAUCCGUGGUCGUGUCAACAAGACUUUAUAUGUGCGUUCAGAAAGAUGCUUAUAGGUCAUGGUCGAUCUGUGCUGGACGCUGUGCACAUCCGAUGCAUGCUGGAGGGGGAUCCGCUCGCCCCGGGAGAGAGUGCUACAGUAGCGUUCCUGGAAUACUCCGAGCAGUCGUUGUGUGAAGCCAACAGCACUUUCUUCAUCAACGUGUCCUUUGACAGUGUCGUGAAAGUAGGGGACACUACCCAGUUGACACUGUUAAUAGCAGUUAGUGCUGGUGUGGCUGUAGUGGCGGUUCUGGUGCUCAUCCUUAUAGCCAAGAAGGACCUUCUGCAAGUGUGGUGUUACUCUAGGUUCGGGUGGAGACUAUUCUCCAAGGAUCCUACAGCAGGUGACGCCAACAGGUACUAUGACGCCUUUGUGUCUUGUAGUGAUAAAGACGAACAUUUUAUCAUCCAUGAACUGACGCCCAAACUUGAAAAUGGGGAUAAAAAAUUUAAACUGUGUUUACAUUUCCGGGACUUCCCGGUAGGAGCUUCAAUAGCUGAGACAAUUGUCCGCAGUGUGCAGAGUAGUAAGAGGACUAUCAUUGUGCUAUCCGACAGCUUCCUGGACGACGAAUGGUGCCGUUUUAGUUUCACUACGGCUCAUCAGCAGGUGCUGUCUGAGAUGAAGAACAGACUCAUCGUCAUCGUUAUGCACGACAUCGACGAACGGAGGCUCGACCCUCAGAUUAAACUUUAUAUGAAAACUAGGACAUAUUUAGAAUAUAAAGAUCCCUGGUUCUGGGAAAAAUUAACGUAUGCUUUGCCUGAUGUGCAGGAUCGAUAUGUUGAUAUGAAGGGUGCAUACGCUGUCCAAAAUGUUAUCCGGCAUCCUGGAGACGCCUUGCCCGGUGUCUACAACAACGGUCGCAUCAGCGUCAUUUCAGAGAACGUAGUGAACGACCUAUACGAGGUCCCUGUAUCGUCAGUGGUGUAUCAGUCCGUAGGUAGCGCCCAUCAUACAGACUCGUCUAACUAUAAUGGCUCCUACUAUAACUCAUCCGGGCACUACGAGGAGGUUGAGCCCCUCCCCUUCAGACCACGUGACGCUCAGGUAGCGCCGCCCUUGCCCAAACCAAGAAACCAAGACUUCUAUGGAGCGUGUUACUACGAAAGGGCGUAGUACACCUAAAUAAAACGGAUGUAGUCAUCUACGUUUUAUGUCCAGUGCACCCUGCUUAUGUGGCUGUCAAUGAAAAUGUGUGAUUUCAAAACGCUUCCAAGAUCCAUUUAUACUAAGUAUUAUGAGUUGCCAUGGUUACCAGAACACGUGUGCCAAACUAGAACCACGAAUGUCCAGUGCAUCACCACUGCAGACAAUACUCAUUGUAUUAUUUCACUGUGAUCGGUUGGCUUUUCUUCAGUUCAUCAAUGCAAUAUGUCCAGUAUUAAAAGUAUAUCAGUGAACAAUGCUGUCCUGGCCCACGGGCUGGACAUUAUCCUGGGGACAUAUACUCACGUGGAGGGUUAGUGCUGCUUUGCCUGAAGCGGAAAUGGAAUAAAGCUUGGACUGGAUGUUUCAUCUGAUAUUGUGAUUAGUAUUAUGUACGCAAAUAUAUAAAAUAUUUAUUCCGGGGAAUUUGUUAGCCAAUGUGAAAUCUUGCCAUGUUGGAAAAGACUGGUACGCUUUAAUCAAAGAGUUCACCUUUAAUGAAAACAGUAUCUGCAGACAAUGUAACAUGAAGGGAACCGAGGUUAUUACUUUGUGACAUGAAGUAUUUUGUUCUCCGUUCUCUGAACACUUGUGCGUUUCUUUUGCAGUACAGUAUAAUGACUUGACUGUCAUCAUCCAGGUGUAAGUUAUGUAUGAUUCUGCAAUAUUUUAUGUAUAACUUGGGUCUGAUGCUGAUCCAUAUAUCUUGUUGUUAUUAUUAUUGUUAUUUAAAUAAAGUAAUGUCAGUGUUAA